CUUACCGCUGCUGGUCGGUCAGUGUUCCUGCUGCUGCUAGUGCUAGAAGAGAGUGGAGUGACCGGAAAUUUUAUUGAUGGAAUCGGUGUGUUGAUCGAACGUUUUCGUCUUCUCGGCUCGAGCGUGAUCAGUUUACGUUAUUGACGCGAAGCCGAUGGUUGUUGAAUGCGGAUCAUCAUCGUCAUCGUAUAAGAAGGCAGUGGAAGUGUGUGGUUUUUGGGCGGUUUUUUGACCUCCAGUGCAAACAGGAAGUUAAUGUUUUGUUUUGGGGUUUGUUGAUGGUGAUUGGAGUUUAGUCGAAGGUGUGCGCGCGUGCGUCUAAAGUCGGGAAACAUGGCUGCAAACGAUAAUCAGAACCUGUUGGAGGGUAAAAAGAACGGAUCGAUCAGCAUUGUUGGAGGCAGAGGUCCGAAUCAUGACUCGGAAAAAUCACCCUUCCUUGCCACGGAACCGGUGCGGCUUACACCGGCGUGGGAGGAAACCAAUCUCCCCAACGAUGAACUCAACUUCAAGGGGCUGACCAUGGAGCGGGCCAAGAUGGAGCUGAACCCCCCGCGGGACAAGCUGCUGCUGGUGUUCCUCACGCUCAUGAUCCACGGCGUGGGUACGCUGAUGCCCUGGAACAUGUUCAUCACUGCCAAAUCGUACUUUGUAGAUUAUAAGCUUAGUCAAAACUAUACCGGAGUGGAAUCUGAGUAUGGGACCUACUUCCUUUCCUACGUUGGAUUUGCGUCGCAGAUUCCGAACCUUUUGUUCAACUGGUUGAACAUCUUCAUGAAUCUUGGCGGUAACCUGACGAAGCGCAUCGUCUACAGCAUCCUGAUCGAGGUGAUCGUCUUCGUAGUAACGGUGGUGCUGGCCAUGGUCGAUUCCUCCGAGUGGCCCGGAGCCUUCUUCUGGAUAACGAUGAUCACCGUCGUCAUUCUGAAUAUGGCCGGUGGCAUUUACCAGAACACGGUCUACGGUAUGGUCGCCAAGCUGCCCUUCAAAUACACCGGAGCCGUUGUGCUGGGUUCGAACAUCAGCGGUACGUUCGCGUCGAUCAUAGCAAUUCUGAGCUCGCAGUUUGCGUCCUCGGUCCGGACGGCAGCCAUCUACUACUUCAUCACGGCGAUGUUCGUGCUGCUGCUGUGCUUCGACACCUAUUUCGCGUUGCCUUUGAACAAAUUCUACCGAUAUCACGAGAUGCUCAAGGAGAAGGAGGCGGAGUACCACAAACGAGCCGGUAUCAACGUGGGCGGUCGCCCUCCGUACUGGAAGAUCUUUAAGCAGGCCUUCCCCCAGCUGUUCAACGUGUUCUUCGUGUUCUUCAUCACGCUGUCGGUCUUUCCGGCGGUCCAUUCGGACGUGAAGCGAUCGGCCGGCGAUUUCGUCAUCGGAGAUGAUCUCUACGUGAGCGUCACGUGUUUCCUGACGUUCAACCUGUUCGCCAUGUUGGGCAGCUUGACGACUUCGUGGGUGACCUGGCCCAAACCGAAGCACCUGGUGUGGCCGGUGAUCGUCCGGGCUGCGUUCCUGCCACUGUUCCUGUUCUGCAACUACCGUCCGCUCGGGAUCGAGCGAGUGCUUCCGAUCUACAUCGACAACGAUUGGGUCUACUGGGGUGUUGCCGUAGUGAUGGCGUACAGUUCCGGCUAUCUGAGUUCCCUGGGCAUGAUGUACACACCGCAGUCGGUGGAAUCGCAACACGCGGUCACGGCGGGAAUGUUCGCCGCGGCCAUGCUCAUUACGGGCAUUUUCAGCGGUAUUCUGUUCUCCAUGGUGUUCCCCAUGAUCGUGCAGUACAACUUCCUCGAGUGGCUGCACUAGGGUUGGCGCCGGAGUAUGGAAAUGCUAGCUUUGGACAGCUAGAUAUCUACGUUUUAUUGGUUUUUAAUUCGUUUUAUUGCUUGAUUAUUUUCAACGAACUCCGAGCGUCAAUCGUUUUAGUGUAGUUGCUCGAACAACUCUUGAUUGGCGUUUGGUGGAACUCUCGAUAAGCUCAAUUUUAGUUUUCUUUUUAUUUUAUUAUUUUAAGGAGGUUCCUACAUACAAAACGUGCGAUAUGCUGAUGCCCUAAAAUUAGGUUUAACAUCAUCAUAACCUAUAAGUUCAUUUCAAAAUUCAUUUCGAGAGUGACAAAUAUUUUUGUUUGUCCAGUACACCUUGGUCAAAAUUUAACUGUGGUCAAAUAUUGGCGUCUAGGGAAAGAGUUACGAGCACCUUGAGCUUGUAUUUUUUCGGAAAACUUCCCAUUUGACCAAGAAUCGCACAUUUGAGGACAUAUAUCUAAAACGUAAUGCCAUAUACACAUCUGCACGAAGACAUCCUCAUUCAGUUUUAAGCUAAUCAUUGAGAUCCUUUGUAAACUAGGUUAUAAUGUUUUUUAUCCUUUCGGAACGAAACCAAAAUCCACGAAUCCACUGCACACUCUGUCGCCGCCGACAUGUGAAGACGGGAGGAGUUGCGCAUUCGUAUUCAUUGGCCCCCGCCCGUGUGUACGCGGAAUACCAAAAUUCGAGUAACUGUUUUAGAUGAUUGUGCUGUCCUCCUCACUAGGUUUUAACCAGUUGACCGGGAAAAAUGUAGACUGAUAGUUUUUUUUUUUGUUUCAAUAUUUGGUAUCAUACGUAUGUCAAAAAAAGGUUUUGAAUAGCUUUUAAAUUGUUAAACCAUGGGAACUGAUUAGUAAGACGUUUUUUACUAGAGAAAAAAGGCAUCGAAACCCCUACAAUUUUAAGUUAAGAUUUCGUUAGGUUACUUUAAGUUAUUGUGUUAGAAAGUAUAUUUUUAUGAAAACAA